GUAGUCUCUGUUAAGCUCCUUUCAUCAGUCGCUAUGCAAUCCUUUUCCGCCGAGUUUUUAGACAUUUCCUUGGAGUCCAAAGCCUUGAUCUUUGGUGAGUUCACCUUAAAAUCAGGUAGAAAGUCCCCAUAUUUUUUCAACGCAGGUCUUUUGAACACAGGAAAACGGUUGUCGGCUUUGGCUACCGCUUAUGCCAAGGCCAUCAUCACUUCAGGCAUCAAGUUCGACGUGCUCUUUGGCCCUGCUUACAAGGGUAUUCCGUUAGCUUCCAUCACUGUGGUCAAGUUGGCUGAAUUAGAACCUGAAACUUACGGUAACAUCGAAUAUGCCUUCAACAGAAAGGAGAAAAAGGACCAUGGAGAAGGUGGCUCCAUUGUUGGAGCUUCGAUCGAAAACAAGAAGGUGUUGAUCAUUGACGAUGUGAUUACUGCUGGAACUGCUAUCAGAGAAGCAUUUGAUAUCAUCGAAAAUGCCAACGGAACCCCGGCUGGAUGUAUCAUUGCCUUGGACAGACAAGAGACGAGUCCCGGAUCAGACGUGUCAACCACCCAAGCGGUGGCCAAAGAGUUUAAUGUGCCAGUGGUUUCCAUCACUUGUUUGGACGACAUCAUCACUCACUUGAAGGGCAAGAUUUCGGCAGACGAGCUCGAGAUGAUCCAGGAAUACAGAAAGAACUAUAGUCCUAAGGCGUAAUGUAUAGAUAUGUGUAUUAAAUUCAGGUGCUUGUGCUCUGUUCACUCAAGCUCUUAUUUUCUUGAUCUUCUUUUUGGGGGCCUUGGGAGCAGCAGCUAUGGCCGGAGCCUCGGGGCGGGGUGCAUAUAUACCUUGUGUCAUAGGAUGCUUCAUGGUGAAGGGCGAAUGUACCGGUACAAUUGUGUUCAUCUUGAAUCCUCUAACUUUAGGUAUUUUUUCAGGUGUGAAUCCAACCAUGUACUCUUCAGGUAUGGGGUGUCCACUACUAGCGCUUACACUGUUCAAAGUGGUGGGGUGGGUUUUCAAGUACUUUCCAAUAGCGUUCAACACCUGUCGUUUGUUUUUCACAAACUCGUCGAUUGGCUCGCCGUUUUUUCUCAACAACACCUUCACUCUUCCAGGGUUUCCAAAGUCCCGGGGAUGUGUCCUAUCCAACUCUAACAAUACUGGAAAUUGUAAGAACCGACAAGCAUCACCGAUGGUUAAGGCCAAGGGGUUUUCCACCGCAUUUUCUUCAGACACUCUUCUUCCCUGUUUGUGGCUCCUGUUCUUGUCAAAAUAACAAGGAUAUAUGGUUUGGUAGGCUUUGAAUUCCCGUUUUUCUUCGUCAGUGAACAGUUUGGGGUCCCUGAUUGCAUCCAGGGCGAUUCCUCCGGGAGAGGUUGCUGGGGGUUUUGCAGAUGGUACAGGUAUAUUGGGGAAUAAAGAUGGCUCCAGGUCUUGUGAUCGUGUAACGGUAGGCUGAGCUCUCAAGGGGGCUAUGGGUGUGUUCAACGAAGGAUCAAACUGCGCGAGGUCCAUGUCCAUAUUAUCGAUGUCAUCGUCAUCUACUUCCUCUAAUACUGGUCUUCUUGACAUGAUUGUGUGAAAGGUUGGGUAAGAU